UACUUAAAUACCCUCCUUCUUCUCCGCGUGACGCCUGCAGUUCACAAGGGCAUUAAUGUCAAUAAAUCAUCUGGCACCAAAUUUGCAGAAAGCCGGAAUCUUUUUCUCAUAAACAAAGAACUUGUUGCUGGAGAAAUUGAAAGCAGGAAGAUGGCUUGUGCUUUGUUAUCCACUGCUUGCUUUCUCCCUUCACAAAAUAAGGAAGUAACUGGACUUGCAGUGAAUUUGAAGAGUUUUUUCCAUGGCAAAGUGAUUCAUAACAAAAGUUUCUUGAGGAAGGAAACUAGUAGAAUCAAUGGAGGCCAUGUUGCUAUUGUUUCGUUGCUUGGAAGGAGAGUACAGAAGAGGGAGACAGUUAUUCCCGAUCCAGAUUACAGGAUACCAGUUGUCUUGCUCGGUUUAGCUGGUGGAUUAACUUAUACAAAUAAUCUGGCACCAGCUGUACCUGUUGGUCUCCUUGGAUUGCUCCUUUUAUUUCAGACAACAAGAGUGAGAUUUGUUUUUGACGAUGAGGCUCUGGAGGUCAAAGUAGGAGACCAGCUUGAGGAAUCAGGCGAAAAUGUAUUUGUGGGUGGAAAAAAUCGUUGGAAGUUUUCAACAUUUGUGAAUUGGGAACUAUGGUGGCCAAAUUUUCCUAUCCUGGUUUACUUUAAAGAGACUCAAACGAAACCUGAAGGACAAGUGCACUUCUUCCCAGUAAUUUUUAAUGGGAAGCAACUCUAUGAUGUAAUGGUGGAGAGAGCUGGCCCCUCUAAAAACAGUGGCCCAAAACAAUCCUAAAAGCUUGAGCUUUGUAGGCAGAAUUCUCCAGCAAUCCAUCUGUUUAGUGAGGGUAAAACAAGUUUCUACUGAUUGAUUGAAGCAGCAUCGUGUAGAUAUUAUCACAUAGUUUACAAAUCCAUAUCUUCUAUAUGUUGAUGCAUUAUAAAAUUCAGGAGCAGUUUUAGCCAGUGCAAUGAUCAAUUCAAAUAUAUUUUAGUUGCUA